AUGGAAGUGGGCAGCGAUCCGUCGCCGUCGCCGGGGGGCCGCCUCUGCGGUGGUGGCAUAGGGGACGACGACCGCCUGGGCGAAAGGUGGGAUGUGCCUGUGGCGCACCACAUCCUUUUCUUUGGAGGGGUUUGGCAGAGAGGGGCCCUGUGGCGCUCUGCUCGCACCCAGGCGAGUCGGCAAGGCAGGCCGCCCGAGGCAAGCGACGCGAUUGGGCGCGUGCUGGGUGGUAAGCUACCCGUCACCCACGGUUGGUGCCAGUGGGUGGGUGGUGCCAGUGGUUGGUGCCGGUGGGUGGUGCCCGCCGCAGGGGGGGCGUCAGGCGUCCAAGCUCUCCCGCGCUGGUUUCCAGCCAGCCAGUUGGCGCUGGCACCAAUUUUCAAUCCCAGGUCCCUACGCUACGCCUCAGCCUCGCCUGCAACCGCCUGCUGCUUUCUGUCGGUCUAUCAUCGCAGCCACGCGACGCCCUCACCCGACGACGAGUCCAUCUUCCGAACCCUGCCCUGCGCCAGUCUGACUUCUUCCUUCCGUACACCUGCGGAAGUCUUCCGAGCAGCUCGAUAG